AUGGUUGGCGACCUUGUCUGCGUCAUCUAUGGCUCCGAACUGCCGUUCAUCCUACGGCGUCGUGGGAGGAGGCGAUUUACGUUCAUCAGUCGUCACAUUGCUGGACAGUUUAUAACGAGGGAUCACAUAUUUUUGAUCGGGAACCCAUCACUGCCUAGUACGUAUUUUCUACAAAAAGUCCUCCACUCCGCUGAAUGGUUCCAGCCUGACCCGUCUCGAACAUUUAGGUUGAAGGUGCAGAAUCGCCACGCAACUGCCUUAUUUAUCUCAACAACUCAUCCUCACCCCCUCCUCGUCGUUGUUUUUAUCAAUGUAUUCUUCCACAGGCACCCUCGACCGCGCCUCACACAUGACCCUGCGACUGUCUGGACACGUGUUAGAGCUACCAACAGCCGAGCCAUUGACCCACAACCCCAAGCACUCCGCGUGAAAAUAAUGCUGGCGAGCUGUAACCACGGUUCCGUCACCAACCUCGACGGUGGUGACGGCCGUGCCGCAGAUCGUGCAAGUCUCAUCUCGAAGGAUGGAGAGCGGGGGAAUGGACUGGCAGAACGCAUCGAGCGGGACCCGUGGGCCGACGGGAAGCGUGAGCUGGCAGAACGCAUACAUUGGUAUCCGAGGACCGGUCGGUUUCUUGGCUUCUUCACUUGGUGUGUACUCGAUUUCGGCGUCGUCUUCAUUUGCGAGAUAGGAGCGGAAAUCGACAGGCUACUGUGCGGUAGCGGACAUCGUCUUUGGAGCGAUGAGUUGAGACUUAGGUUCCAUACGUACCGUUUGAGCGAAGCCUUGAACAAAGUCUUGAAACGGUGGGAACGACCAGCGCUGCUUAAACAGUGGCGAGACCGAUUCAACGAGCCCGCCAAGGAACGUGCUCGUGAUGAUUCAGGUUUGGUUGGACAUACGCCGCGUCGCAGGAUUUCCCAAUCUGGCAGCUCAGGUUGGUCUUCCAAGCCUGUUGCCACAUGA